CAUCUUCCCCUCAUGCACCAAGCACACAAGUUCAGACACUACUCCAAGGAGCGAGCUACCAAGUGCAGCAGCAGUGUGUUCAGUGUUCCUACACUUUGGCACUCGGUGCUCUCUAGUCUCUACGAGCCGAUGACGGGACAGACGGAGAUUCCGGUGAUCGACCUCGCCGGCCUCACCGCCGGCGGCGAGGAGAGGUCGCGCACCAUGGCGCGCCUCCACGAGGCCUGCAGGGACUGGGGCUUCUUCUGGGUGGAGAACCACGGCGUGGACGCGGCGCUCGUGGACGAGGUCAAGCGCUUCGUCUACGCGCACUACGAGGAGCACCUCGAGGCCAGGUUCCACGCCUCCGACCUGGCCAAGAACCUGCCGGCGGCCGGCGACGAGGAGCCCUCCGACAAGGUGGACUGGGAGGCCACCUACUUCAUCCAGCACCGCCCCCGGAACACCACCGCCGACUUCCCGGAGAUCUCGCCGCCGGCCAGGGCGGCGCUGGACGCGUACGUCGCCCAGGUGGUGUCCCUCGCGGAGCGCCUGGCCGAGUGCGUGGGCCUCAACCUGGGCCUCCCCGCCGGCCACGUCGCCGCCGCAUUCGCGCCGCCGUUCGUGGGCACCAAGUUCGCCAUGUACCCGCCCUGCCCGCGCCCGGGCCGCGUGUGGGGCCUGCGCGCGCACACCGACGCCGGCGGCAUCAUCCUGCUCCUCCAGGACGACGCCGUGGGCGGGCUCGAGUUCCUCCGGGGCGGAGCCGAGUGGGUCCCCGUGGGGCCCACCAGGGGCGCCCGCCUCUUCGUCAACAUCGGGGACCAGGUCGAGGUCGUCAGCUGCGGGGCCUACCGGAGCGUCGUGCACCGCGUCGCGGCGGGGAGCGAGGGGCGGCGGCUGUCCGUGGCCACGUUCUACAACCCCGGGCCCGACGCCGUGGUGGCGCCGGCGGUGAGGGGGGACGACGACGCGGCGGCGGCGGCCUCCUACCCGGGGCCCUACAGGUUCGGGGACUACCUCGAGUACUACCAGGGCACCAAGUUCGGCGACAAGGACGCCAGGUUCCAGGCCGUCAAGAAGCUGCUCGGUUGAGCCACCAGGCAGAGCUUGGAGAUCCCGCGUUUCGAUUCUUGGCGCUGUUGCUUGUUGAUGAUUGAUGAUCCAUGGCUUGCGUUGGGGUUGCAUUGCGUGUUUGCUUUAGCAAAUCUUUUUACGUGAUGGUUAGUAAUUAUUAAUUGUACGCAUUCGGCGGUUGACUAAUGGUGCCGCAUGCUUUCGGUCGACGUGCUGUGGCUGGUGGCUGGUGCUAAUCUGUUGUGAGAGAAAAGUAUUGCUGGCUGGUUGGCGGCUGCUGGCUGAUGAUGGUUUGGUGUCGGAGAAAAAUACUGUUGGCAGAACAAAGUGAAUAAUUGUUUUCUUUCGGUAAAGGUGAAUUGAGU